AUGGCGCGCCCCAUCUCUCCCCAGUCCGAGACGUCGCGAGGCUCCUUCUCGUCGGUGCGCGAAAACGACGACGGCCUCGCCCAGACCUUCACCCGCUCCAAGAUCUCGUCCUACGCAGACGUGCCCGAGGAGGUCUUUGACGAGUCGCCCACGCUCGAGCUGAACCAGCCCACCUUCCGCCCGCCCGUGACGCAGCCCAACAGCAGGCUCCAUGGCUUCUGGUACCCGGCCGACGGCUUCAAGGGAUGGAGGGAGAUUCCGCUCAAGGGAAGGACGGCCAGUCGCAGCUUUGAGAAUCUGCACAGGCUGGGCAUGACCUGGGAGUCUCCGGCGCCUGUGGUUCAAAAGCCAAAGGAAGCCUAUCCGGCCAGCCAGUCCCCCUUGGAGAGGCUGCCGAGCGAGGUUCUGGGCUCCAUCAUCGACAUGCUUUUCGUCGAGCUGCCCCCCAAUGGACUGACCACUCGCAAUGCCGACCUCAUGUCCCUGUUGACGACCUCCCGAUCUCUUCAUGCCGCUACGCUCAACACUCUCUACCGGCACGUCACCAUCCCUCACUCGCGGAUCUUCCGCAAGUUCCUCGCCACUAUCUCGGCGUACCCGUCCCUGGCGACCAUCGUGCGCCGCCUCGACUUCAGCCACUUCAACCCGUCCAUGUUCUUUAGCACCGCCAGCGAGAGGGCUCAGGCUCGCAACCUGACGUCCGAGACGCUCGUCCAAUGCCUCCAGCUGAUGCCAUACCUUCAGGAAUUCCUGGCUCAGGAGUACAUCGACGACGAUCUCAGCGCCGACGUGCUGCGCCAGCUCUUCUUCAACUCCCCCGAACUCCGCGGCCUUGACUUUUGCGGCUGCUCUUCCGCCUCGUUCAAGAACUCCUUCGUCAGCAUUCUGGGGGAUGAGUGGCCCCAGCAGCUCUCCAUCACCAGGCUGUCUUUCCACAAGUGCCUCAGCCUGCCAUCUGCCGUUUUCGAAAAGAUUCUUCCUCGGCUGCCUCAGCUGACUCACUUGGAUGUUAUGGGGACGCGCAUCACCGACGAGGCCCUUCUCUCCAUCCCCGCGUCUGCGAGACUGACUCAUCUGAACCUCGCCAAGUGCAAGGAUCUCUCUGCGACGGCUGUUUUGGAUUUCAUCUCAACCCAUCCGGCGGCGCAAUCAUUGGUUUUCCUUAGUUUGGCAACCGAUGCAAGCACCCACCUGUUGUUGGGCAAAUAUGAUGUGAACCAGCUGCUGCCCAAGCUGCCGAGCACGCUCCGCUCGCUGAGCCUUCGGGGUUGCCGAAUGGAGGCGGCACACUUGCCAGAGAUCAUCCGGCUCUCGCAGACCCUCGAGGAGCUCGCUCUUGGCCGUGGGCUGAGCAUGACUGACAUUCGCUCCAUCUUCUUCCAGGGCCAGGAAGCCCUCCCUCACAACCUGAAAUACAUUGAUCUUUCAGACAUUGAUACCGUCAUCGGAAGCGCCAGCGACUUGCUGGCCCCCGCCUCGGCGCCGCUUCGGGUGAUCGAAAUCGCCGAGCGGUCGUACGAGCGCGCGGCCAAGUCGAACAAGAGCCUUGAAAAGGUCGGCUGGACCGCCAAGGAGUUUGGGAGCCGCUACUGGCUUGUCCGCAAGAACGAGGACGGCACCACGCAAGACAACGGAAGCCGAGUGUGGAAGAUGGGCGCCGACAGCUGGGGAAUGAGAAAGGUCCCCGUGGCUGUCGCCGAAGUCGGCGGCAUGUACGGCUCCUACAUGUUUGGACGACGCAUCUAA